GUUAUCAAUGUACAUUCUCGGAUUCGUCUUCGAAACGACCUAGAGGUCCUCCUAAAGGAUUUGUAGCAUUGAUAGAAGAUAGAUUACACACUAUAGAAUCUCUUUUGGUUAAUCUCGUCAAUAAAGAUAAUACUAAUGAACUUAAUAAGGAAAUCAAACGAGAAAGAGAAACAACAAUCGAGGAAACAACAACAAGUACACGACAAAAAUUCUCUACAUUUAAAAUACGACAUUAUUCUCCUUCAAUAACCACAAAUUCACAGCACCAUUUAUUCAUUCCUUCAACACCUCCUGCCGAUGCGACUGGAUUUUCCGGAUUUUCCGAAUCUCCAACUUUGAUCUCUUCUUAUAAUGAUGAACUAGUCAGUGAUGAUGAGGAUAUACUUCACCAAAAUUUGGUUUCUCCAAAUAACGCUAAUAGUUUACAAAGUAGCAAUCUUUUAUUUCUUAUCAAUCCAAAUCAAUCUACCGGUGCUUCAUAUGUCGAUCCUCCAUUACCAUCAUCCAUACCACAACUGAGUAAAGCUUUGCCUGCUGAUGUCACACAAUUAUUAUUGGAAAAGUAUUUUAAUCAUUUUCAUCCAUAUUUUCCCAUCAUCAACCGAGCAAAAUUUUUCAGACAUUUAUCAAACCCUAAUGUCGAAGACCAACCUUCUCCGUUACUUCUUAAUGCUAUUUAUUCUGUUGGUGCUUUAUUCCCCCCAGCACUUCCGGACUCUUACAACCCUACAACAUUUUAUGAUCGAGCACGAAAUAUGUUGGACAUUUUUAUGGAUGCACCUAGAGUGUCAACUGUUCAAGCAUUAAUACUUUUGUGCAUGGUUGACCAAGGAAAACCAACUUCGUACAGACCUCAAACCUAUUCUUCUAUGGCUAUCAGAAUGGCUCAAAGUAUGGGAUUGAAUCGAAGGAAUGGGACUGUAUAUCAAGGCAAAGGUCGACCAACAAAAAAACUUGUAUGGUGGGGAUGUUUCAUAGUUGAUAGACUUAAUAGUCUUGCUACAGGAGACCCUUUGGCAAUUAAUGAUAGAAUGUGCGACAUAGAACUUCCUUCGCCAGAAGAAACAGAUGACCAAGAUGAUGAUCAACAACAAUCGCCCCAACAACCAAAUCCACAUAGUUCAACAUACGCACAACAAAUAAACAUUUUUGUUAAUUUUAUAAGACUUGCCCGAUUAAUUGGUCAAAUAAUUGAGCACCUUCAAUCGACUUCUUGUAUUGGAAUGUCAUCAUCCUGGACUCAUCAUCUUAUGGUUUCUAAUUUUGAGACAUCACUCGGAGCCUGGCACCGGGAAUUACCUCACUAUCUGCAUUAUGCACCUUCGCCACAGCAUAUGCCACUUCCCGGACAUAUAGCAUCAAUUCAUAUGCAUCAUCAGACCCUUUUUUUGAUACUUCAUUACCCUUACAUAGCAAAUAACCAUGUUAGACAAUCAAACUCACGAAUGACUAAAACCUAUCAAAAAUCGUUAGCCGUUUGUACAUCAGCAGCAAAUACCAUAACACAUAUAGGAGUUGAAGCAUUAAAUAAUAUCAAUGUAUGCGUAACAUUUCCAACCAUGUUUCACUGCCUAGCAAAGGCAGCAAAAGUUCAUGAGAUCAAUAUUGCAUCUUCACAUCGAGGAUUAGCCAUACCAUCAUACAGAAACAUUGUAAAAACGAUCAAGAUUUGUCAAUUCUAUCAGCAAAAUAAUAUAAUGACAGAAUUGGCCAGUCAAACUAUUAAAGCAUUGGAAAAUAUUUUGAUAAAAUAUCAAGAAAAGUUUGCUAAUGAAGGUAUUUCUUCAUCUUCAUCCUCAAAUAUUCCUACACAUAUAAAGAUAUCACCCACUAUGACGAAUCAAUCAUAUGGAGAAUCAACGUCAACGAUAGACAGAACCACACCAUCAAUGAUUGCAUCUUAUGUUGGAUAUACAUCAUCACCUACGUCUACAAAUACCACCACCAAGAGAGGAUCAACAUCUCCAACAAACAUGCAACAGACACAAAAUUUUACAUAUUCUUCACAAACAGAAGGAACUGGAACUCAAUAUAUUCCAAUAAACAUUGGUAAUAAUCAAAUAUUUGACCAAUUUGACACCAUGCAAAUGCAAUCACCGACCGUCAUGUCACCAACAGUCACGACAGAUAUUUGGGAACUUGGAGUGAAUUUUGCAUCACAAUCUGGUAUAGUUGGAUUCAAUAACAAUUCUUAUAAUCAGAUGACAGUACCUUUAGCGACUUCAACGACAACAACACCAUCAUUGCCACCAAGUACUUCAGCAUCACCUACAGACUACUUCACUUCACAACCAAUGCAGCAACGACAAAGACAACAAACACCUACGACCACCUCAUCUCCUAUCAAUUUCUCGACCAACACGUUUAAAUCUCAUACAAGAACAAAUCCAAUGUCCUUGGACUCCAUCGAACAUGAAAGUGAAACCGGAACAACAAUGAUGACGGAACCAUUGAGGAAUAUAGGAUUACAAAAUGUUCAUAAUUCACAGCAAAGGUAUGUCUUUAUGGAUACGAAUGACAAUAAUCCCUCUAUUGACAAUAAUAUCAAUAAUGGGUUUGUUGUUGAGGGAAGUGGUGUCUAUGGUCGAAUGUCUUCCUCCAAUGAGACUCACCUCCGAAUUUUCAACAAGAUCCCACAACGUCUGAGGAAGAAAGAAGACGACAUAAACUACUAUACCGAAUACCCUUCUAAUAACGAUCAAUCAAGAAUGUCUAACGCUAAUGCCAUAAAUGUCCUAUCUCGAAGACCGAGUUGCGGUCAUUGCGGAGGUUUCAAGUUUGGUAAUCCCACUGGUUAUCUUGAAGUCAAUUCCAUCGGUGUUGGCCAUGGUGAUGAUUAUGAACAAUAUGAUGGAUUAUAA